UCCUAUUUAUCUGUUCUAUAAUUUGUUUCUUCUUUUAUGAUAGGAAAGAAAACCUAUAAUUUCUCCCAGAAUUUGAAAGUUGCUCUUUUGGAAGACCUGUUGAACGCAGUAAAAGAUUCUGAAUUGUUCAUGUAUUUAGAGCUUAAGCCGAGCAAAGUUGUGUACGCAAACAAAACUCGAAGUGUGGAUUCCGGAAGAGAAGUUGCAAAGCUGAUAACUAAACUAGGCCUUGAGAAGAAAGUUUUCAUUGUUUCAUUCGACUUCCUGAAGUCGCUCUCCGCAAAGUUGGAAAACCCAAAUCUUGUUGUUGGCUCCUUCUAUGAAGAGCAAUAUUGGCAACAAGAUAGCGUGUGGUACUCUAGUUUGAAACGUCAACUAAAGGAGUCUUUUCCAGGUUUAGGGACCUGUUUGGACGGCUUGCCAAACGACCGAAGCCUGAUGGACUUCGUCUUUAAGAAGGGGAGCAUUUUCAAGUCAAUGAACGCAUCCUUUGUUGAUAUGCAGUUUACUGUUUACAACAACAAAAAGUUCAGCAAUAAUACUUUCAAGACUCUUCGAGAUAACUACAACGAAAAGAUCAGUUUUGGUGCAUGGACAGUCUACAGCAUGAAGCUAAACUCAGCCGAAACAGAUGCGACAGAAAAGCAAGUACAAUUGCUGAUUGACAACGGGGCAGAGCGCUUGAUUACGGACGAUGUGCCGAAGCUGCGCAAAAAACUCAGCAAGAGUUCGGCAAAUGCCCAGACAGAGUCUCUCUUGCUCGUGUUUUCAUUGUUAGCCAUUGCUCUAUGUGCUUUUAAUCUUGUUUUGUAGUUACCAACAUUCAACAUCAACUGUUACUAAAUGUCUCGCUUGUUAUAUGAAACUGCCGUUGGUAACUAAUCAGUAACUGAUCUUCUGCGGAUUCACGGUUUCAUUUUGUCAAUUAA